AUGACAGGAUGCAGGCGUGUCCAGUUUACGUGUGUGCUGCUCGUCGCCGUUUACUUGCUCCUGCUGGGAGUAUCGGCGAAGCAACUGACGGUCCUUGUGCAGCCUCUCACAUCCAUAGCAGGAGAACCGCUGUCUGUGCAGCCAGUGCUGGCACUGACCGACGACAACGGCAACAUUCUCACUGCCGAGAAUGACGGCUCAGUGACUGUAAGUAUCGGCAACAACCCGUCUAGAUUCGCAAUUAUUUAUCCCGUGGGAAGCGCGUUCACUUUCGAAAACGGUAUUGCGCGUUGUUCAGGACUGUACAUUAACGAGGCAAAUGUGGGCUUCACUCUCGUAUUCUCGUCUUAUUAUCAUGGCGUGCGGACAGAAACAUCGUCGUUUGAUGUCGUCGUGGGUCCCAGGUACAGGCUUGCGAUUCUUGCAGAUAUCAGUACGGCCUAUGGUGGCACACCGUUCUUGCCGCAGCCAACUGCUGGAGUGGUGGACAAGGGCGGCAAUGUUGUGACGACAGUAACAGAGGGCUCUGUGCGAAUUGCGAUCGAAGUGAAUCCUGUUGGAGGUAUCCUGCAGCCGGCAGCCCUGCUGAACGUAUCGAUUGUCGGCGGCAUCGCUCGAUUCCGUGGUGCAUUUAUUGACGUUGCGGGGUCGCCGUACAAACUGCGUUAUACGACGGAUCUGGUGCUUGAAGGCGGGAGUACAGUGGUCACCAACCCUUUCACUGUUGCGGCAGGUGAGUGCAGUAGGCUUCAGUUCAACACUUCACUAGGAAAGGCAACCGGUGGCAAGGCAUUUCUUAUUCAGCCUGUGCUCAAGCUUCUCGACUCCGGUGGUAACGUUCUCGAGGCGGAUAGUUCAAGCAAAGUUCGCGUGGCUAUUGUUGCUAACCCGUCGCGUGGAAUACUUACGCCAGCUGAUGGACUCAUUGUUAGAGUACAGAAGGGAGUGGCGACGUUCCGCAGCCUAAAAAUCGACAAAGCUGGGAAUGGAUACUCGUUGCGCUUUACGCUAUACACUAAGGUGCCAGGCAAGAACACGUGGAAGAAAACGACCAUUUCUCAGGUUUCAGACACAUUUGACAUUCUCACGGGCAACCCUGUGGCGUUACUCUUGCAGCGCAAUCUUUCUGAUGGUGUUCUGGAUGGCCAGCCGAACGAAAUCCAACCCAUCGUGGCGCUACUCGAUUCUGGUGGUAACGUGGUUUCUUCACUUGAGACAGGAGCCGUCACGGCAGCUCUGGUCUCCAGCGCCUCAGUGAGUUCCAGUAUCGUUGUUGAUACCUCAGCAGCUUCCCUACUGACCGUUGGGAAUAUACGCGCGUUGAUCAGCUCAACGUAUCCGAUGCCCUACGGUGUCGGCGCGCGUGUCUCGAUUCAAGUGACGUUCUCGGAUGAGGUUUCAAUCAAGGGUGCACCGACACUGGAGCUGGCAUCUUCGGUCAAUGGAGCUGGAGCGAAUGGCAAAGCUGUAGCUGUCGCAACAACUACUGUAUGGUCCAGUACUUACGUGUUCGAGUAUGAAGUCGUGGCCACAGACAACACUCCGGACUUGGAAUACACAUCUACGAUAUCUCUGUCGUUGGAUGGAGGACAGAUCACGGACCGAAACGGUAAAACUCCGAUCCUCACGCUGCCGGCACUAGGCAGCACAAAUUCUCUUGCUGGGACUAGCGCGGUAGUGAUCGAGACGACAGCUCCAGUGAUCACAUCCGUGUCAUGUCCGACCCCAGGAGACGGCGAAUACGGCACAGGACAACAGAAUGGUGACGCGACAGUGAAGUUGGACGUGACAGCGAGUAUUAACGUAAAUGGUGGCUUCAUCAAGCAUUUCUCUCACCGUCCGACCACCGAUGCGGUCUUGUCAAUGACAGCGGUGCCCGUCAAGCUUUCCAGUGCAAACAAUAUCGUCAUUGACACCGCCAUCCCAACCAUUGACGCGACGGUGGGCGUGACAAGUGCCACCAGCAACGGCAUCUACGCUCCUGGAGACGAGAUCAAGAUUUUGGUCACAUUUACCAAACCAGUCAGCGUGACAGGAUACCCACGUAUUUUUCUCGAGACUGGACCGAUCAAGCGUCCUGCUGGUUAUACAACAGGUAGUGGCUCGAAAGUGCUGAUAUUUGUCUAUCGAGUCUCAGCAGGCGACACUGCAGGAAGCGGUUUCCUGAAUUACCGGGGAGAUCAGGCACUUCGUCUGAACGGUGGCACUAUCACUCGUUCGCUUGUAGGAUCCACGGGGACAAUAGGAGUUUCUGCUGUACUAUCGUUGGCGGAUGCUACAAGUUCAGGCAAGGCCCUGGCGAACAAUGCUCAGUUGACCAUCGAUGGGCUUCCUCCGACUGUUACAAGGAUUUCUGUAUCAUCCGCGCCCUCUACGACCGUCACACGCGGUGAUGAAGUUGUGAUCGGCAUCAGCUUCUCGGCUCUAGUGACUGUGGACACAACGAAAGGCACGCCUACACUGCUAAUGGAUGUUGGAUCCUACAAUCGCCAGGCUGUGUACAAGUCAGGCAAUGGAAGCCUGUCUUUACUUUUCUCUUACAUUGUGAGUUUGGGGGACACCGCCCCCAACGGAGUGAACUAUCGUUCGAGAUCGGCUUUGGUGCUUAAUGGUGCGACGAUCCGGCGAACUUCGAGCUCUCCCACGCUGGAUGCGUACUUGACGCUGCCAGAUCCGCCAUCUUUGAGCCCCCAGAUCAUUGUGGAUCGAGCAUUGUCAUUUGUGACAACAAUAACGAAGUUGGCAGCCGACGUGUCCACAGGGUCGUAUGGAACGAAGCAGAUUAUCACUUUGUCUCUCACAUUUUCGGACGAGGUUGCGCUGUCGGGAAGUACGCCACCAGCGCUGAAGAUUAACACGGGCAGCAUCGUGCCAUACGCUUCUGGCAGCUCCUCGAGAACACUGGUAUUCCUCUAUAUCGUAAAGGAUGGGGAAACCAUCUCUGGACUAGACAAGUUUGAUGAUAGCGCAGUGAUAUGCACAGCACCGAGCUGCGAGAUCAUCAAUUACAACGCGCAAAGUGCAGAUCUGUCGCUUACAGGCAUCAGUUUAGUGCCUGCAAACAUUGUGAUCGAUACAAGUGCCCCGCAAGUUUUAAGCGUCUAUACGGUUACAACAGCUCCUACGGUUAAUGGUGGCUCGUUUGUUGUUGGAGAUGUGAUUGAAAUCAUUAUCAAGAUGGAUUUGGAAGUGUUCAUCGAGCCGCCACCAAGUACAUACCCAGAAAAGGCUCCUGUGCUGUUACUUAACACUAUGAAGGGUGGGAAACCUGUCUUGUGCCAAGGUUACGCGAAUAACGACCGACAUCUACUGCUAUUCAAGUAUACCGUGGAACCAGGCGAUGUGGCUACUGAUCUUAUGUACAUCGACCAGAGCGCGUUGACGCUCAAUAGUGGCCAAUCUUCCAUUAAGAGAUUCUCGACUACACCCAUGACAAAUGCGGUGCUGACGCUCCCUGUUCCGACGUCACUUGGAGUGUCAUUGAACGUGAAUGGGAAUAAGAUCCCUACCGUCCUGAGUGUUUCGUCACCCGCUGCGAACGGGGUCUAUCGUUGUGGAGAUCAAAUCGCACUCACAGUGUCUUUCAGCCAACACGUCGUAGUGAAGGGAGCUCCUUUCCUCUGGUUAGAUAUGGGAGCGGUGCCACGCAAGGCGAUGUAUAGCUCUGGUAGCGGUAGUACUGUGCUCACAUUCAUCUACACGGUUCAAGAGGGAGAUUACUCUGUGCAUAUGGAAUAUGUGGAUCACCACUCGCUUGACUCGACGAUUAGUUUGAAUGAUACGACUCCGACCGCGAUCCUACAUCUGUCUACGAACCCAACGACGCUGGCAGAUGUCAAUCUCCCAUACCCGUUUACUCAAGGCAGUCUCAGCUACAACAAGAAUCUUCAAGUGAACGGCCGCAAGCCCAGCAUUGUAUCGACAAACUUCGUGUCUCCUGACGGUCUCUACAAAGUCUCGGAUACAGUGGUAAUAGAGGUGACGUUUAGCGCUUGUGUGGUGAUCGAUAGAGGCCCACUGGGUACACAAGGCCCAACGCCAAGACUACGAUUUCAGCCAAGUCCGGUUUCGUCAUUGUCAACGUCUGCGGCUACUACGAUCACGCGAUAUGGUGUCUACGUGAGUGGUAAUUCCAGUUCGGCGUUGCGGUUUGAAUACACCAUUAAGACAGGAGACACCGCACUUGCUUUGGACUACGCUGGCACGGCUGCUCUGGAGCUCAACGGUGCUCGGAUUUUAACGUGCACAGCCAAUGCAAACGUUGCGCCAACGCAAAGCGUGGAUCUCCAUUUGAAUCCUCCUGGCGGACGACUACUUGGUGAUACAGUCAAGCCUGUGGUUUUCGGGAGAGCGACUUUCACAGAUCUCGUUGUGGAUCGUCUUGGAUUUGACUACAGGGUCAACUUUAGUGCACUAUACAACCAAACAGCGCUUGAAACCAGCGCAUAUUUCGACAUGCUUUCUUCCGCGGUCUAUGGAUUACGGAGUUCGCCUUACGCGAGUGGAGAUCGUUUAGGCUCCAGCGUUGACGUGGAUGGCGAUACACUCGUGCUUGGUGGGCCUGGUGCAAGUCAGCCCGUUGCCGCUGUUCAGAUCGUGACGGCUUUGGGUGAUGCAGAAACCUUCGUCAACGAAAUUCAGGUUCUUCAGACCACAGCGAAGCAGCAACCAGCGGUGCAGAUUCUGACAAGCACGGCUGCCCCUGGAGAGACCAUCGGUGGCUUUUUUUAUCUGAAACUUGGAUUUAUCGGACCAACCCGCCGUCUCCCAUUCAAUGCUGACUCCACUCAAAUGAGUGUAGCCUUGGAAUUGGAUUUGGGAUUUGGUCUUCAGACAAUCAGCGUGACGCGAGAGCCAAACACGUACUGUGCUUGCAGUAAUGGAUACGUGUGGCAUAUUACGUUCCUUUACGCCGAAGGCCCCCUUGACGCAUUGACAGUGACGAGCAGCAGUCAGCUAACAGGAAGAUCAGCGUCUAUUGGAGACGGCAGAGGAGGGUCAGCAGCAGUGAUUUCGGUGCCUUCCACUACGCUCGGGGGUACCAUGACGCUACAACUGGGCAAUUUUAUCACGCGGAACAUCAAGUACAAUGUUGAAGAAGCAGAGCUAACGACCAUUUUGACACAGGAUUUACACUUGAAUGUCUGGAGUAUAUCGCGAUCUUCACCAAGCGCGAUGGAAACGUAUACGUGGAGUGUUACGUUCACGGCGAGUGAUACACUUUACAAUGUCCUCCAGCUAUUGCCACAGGGUGUGUUAUUGACUGGAUAUGGUGCGGAUUUGACGGUACGCACAGAGCGUGACGGUCAGGGUCGUUUGUCUGGGUUCUUCAGACUCCAGUUCCGCACGGAUAUCUUCCCAAACGAUGAGACCGAUGAUAUUCCUGUGGGUGCGAGUGAUCAUGACGUUGAAGUGACGCUGGAGAAAUUGGUGUCAGUGAAUGAUGUCACUGUCCGCCGUACUAACGCUAUGAAUAUUUAUGGUGGAUACUCCUGGACAGUCACAUUUGUGCAAGUAAAUGCCAAGAACGACUAUGGGCCUGUGAUAGACACAUCGGGGAAUUUACCUGCACUUGUGCCUGUCAUUACCAAGCUGAAAGGCACAAACGCUCGUGUUGUGGUCCAAGUUGGUGGUUACGAGCCGUCGGCACUGACGGCUGAUAGUUCAAGCACCAACGCUGGACUGCCUGGUGGAUCAGCUGGCAUGGUGGCAGUUUUCACACGCGGUAAUAACGACUGGAAACAACAAGGUGGCACGAUCGCAGGACAUGAUACCCGUGGUGGAGAUUUAUUUGGCUCCAGUGUGAGUCUGCAGGGUAACACGCUGCUUGUAGGCGCACCUGCUGCAGCAAUCUUCGGUGAUUUUGAGAAGCAAUCACUGUUGUGUGAUGCGGAUGGAGGAUAUUUGCGCAUUCUUUUCAAUGGGAAGGCAUCGAAUCCAGUUGCAUUCGAUGCCAAUAUGCAAGAACUGCAGUCUGCUAUCGCUACAGUGAUGUCGGUUGAUUAUGGCGAGGUUCAAGUCGAUACUUCCUUCACUAAGUUGUGUUCGGGGGUCGAGAUCGGACUUACCUUACGGGCAGGUGAUCAUGGAGAUGACUCAGGUAAUAUUCCCGACCUGGUCGUUGACUCAAGUGCAUUGACCAAAGGUGCUGGCACUGGAAGUGCUCUAAUGCAUGAGUAUUCCGCGGGUACGUUUCGGAGCGAUGGGUCGAGUGCCAAGGGACUUCGAUGCGGCGCUGCCUACAUCUUCGCACGAGACAAGAAGCUAAGCACUUGGUCGGAGUAUACAAAACUCUCCCCACCGGCUGCUCAAGUCGACGAUAUACGUGAAUAUGGUGGCGCAGUUGCGCUCUCCGACCCAUUCGCAGUUGUGGGAGCUCCUGGAGCUUAUAACGAAGAAGGGCGCGUCUUCGUUUAUCAGUUCAAUGGAGUCGAUAAGUGGCUACUCUUUCAAAUGCUCAGCGCUGCACCUAACGUGAUCACGAGUGGCGACCGAUUUGGAGAAUCUGUGGCGAUUUCAGGGACUAUAACAACUACCGUGGUUGUUGGAGCCCCUGGUUACGCUUCCAGUAGUGGAGCUGUCUUCGUGUUUGAUCUGGUUGGCGGAUAUUUCCAAAGUCGCCAAAUGCUGAUGCAAGUCUUCCCUGAAAUGCAGCCAGGAGAUCGCUUUGGAAAUGCCUUGGACCUGGAUAUGAUCUCUACAUACACGCUGGUUGUUGGAUCACAUCGACAUACGUAUCGCCGGGACGGCGCAGUUGAUGCAGGGGAAAGUGGUUUGGUACUCGUGUUCGUUCGACGCAGCAGCAAUGACAUUUUCUUCGUGCUGCAACAAACUCUUUACGCGUCGGAUAUGCAUGCACGUGAUCGAUUUGGAACAAGCGUUGCGGUGGCAAAAGAUAGCAUUAUUGUCGGUGCUCAUGAGCUCUACGAGGGUGAACGAACAAUACGGAAGGCAGUGCAAGCUCUCACUACUAGCGUCUUGGCGACUGCAAACGUGAUUCAAGGCGGCUCAUUCACGCUAAGCUACCUACGAUCCAACGCUGGAGAGGACCCAACAAAAGUGACGACUAUUAAACGAGUGGAGACACGAGCAAUUGCGUACGACAUCAGCUCGUCUGGACUUCAGGCCAUCUUGGAAAAGUAUUUUGACUUGACGAACGUUAUUGUACGCCGUGAUGGCCCAAGCGCGUCUAAGGGAUAUACGUGGUACUUGACUUUUGCUGGAAGUUCUGGCGAGAUGCCGCUGCUAGAGGCUGACAACACGCAGCUUAAGGGAGGCGAAGUAACUGUGAAGUGGAUCAACCACUUGGCACCUGUGUUGCGUGGAAGUGCAUACGUUUUCACUCGCGAUGGCAAUGGGAAAUGGACUGAACAGGCAUCGUUUUUCCCGCGCAAGAAACAGUAUUUCGCUUGGUUUGGAUCGGCAGUUGCCGUCCACAAACGUACCGCUGUCAUAGGAGCGCCCAACUUGGAUACGUACGUGUCAGGAAUAAAUUCUGGAGGUGCAUUCGUUGCGGACCUAGGAAUCAUGUCUCUGCGCUUCUCGGCCAAGACAUAUAACGUGCUUGAAGGAGACAGUUUGGACGUCACUGUACAGCGUUGCAGUCGCUUGGGAGGAUUUUGUGCGGUGGACGUAUCUGUUGCCCCUCAGCUUUACAUCGAGUACGACACAGGAGAUGCUUUCUCUGACCGACAGCCUGCUUCAACGUACGUCGCCAUUAUUCCUUACAUCGGUCCGUACAGAAAGUUGUCGAGUCUCGACGCAAGCGGCAAGCAAGGAUCUCCAUCCGUGUUCUUCACGAAAGAUGUUAUGGGUCAAGAGCCUUUCCCGCAGGUGGGGAAUGGACGAUGGCUCGCAGCUGAUGCUGUUGGUACAGCCAAUGGUAGAAACCAGUUCUAUGGCAGUAGCGAGCGACGAUCACUCUGGGUGGACGCAGUAUUUGACUACGCUGGCACGUCUGACUACUCGUCAAGCUCGGGAGAGCUCUUCUUUGACGGCAUGGACGACCUAACACAUACGUUUACUGUACAAACAACAAGUGACUUCGUGGUGGAGAACCCUGAUGAGACUGUGAUGAUGCGUUUAUCGCUGCCUGGUAUUUGGCCAAGCGUGACUGGAGACUUGUGGUCAACACUUACUAUCAAGGAUAACGGAGAUGGUGGAAGUGGUGCGCGCUCGUAUCUGGCGCAUUUAAACCCAGAGCCAUCGUCAGCCCAAGCACGAAGUGAUUUCAGCAGCUCUGUUAGCAUCUUCAAUGCUGGUAGUGUAGCUGCUGUCGGUUCUCCGUUAGAGAAAAACAACGCUGGUGUUAAAUGCGGGGCUGUGCAUUUCUUCGUCCGUCGAAGCGGAUUCUGGGAGCGCGAUGCCACCGUUUUUCCGUCUGAUUGUGUCCCUGGUAUGCUGUUUGGAACUUCUGUGGCGAUCGAUGGGAGUCUGGGUCCGGUUCGAGCUAUCGUCGGUGCUCCAGGUGCUGACGCUGCGUACGUUUAUCUCUAUCGAAGAGACGGAUUAACGUCAGCAGCUAGGUGGAUGGAGGAGACACGGCUUGAUGAACCCACACUAGCUACAGACGACAUUAACCACAAUUACGCAGGGUCGAAUGCUGUGACAAUAUUCGGUGAUAUCGCAGUCGUGGGAGCUUCUGGAUUGGAGAGAGUGUAUGUUUAUCAUCGAGGUGUGGAUGGUUUGUGGAAACUCGUGUCGACUCUGCGCGCCAGUGACCGUGUGCAGUAUCAGAUUCUCGAGCGUACUGUUGAACAAGCGUACGCGUUUGGACAUGCCUUGGAUAUGGAUAAACGAACAAUUAUCGUCGGAGCUCCGUUCUCUGACGCUGGUGUCUUUAAUGCGCAACAAUACCACAGCGCAGACUUUGAUCGUCGAUACUUCGCGAAAGGUGCUGCUUACGUCUUCCACCUCGAGGCUCAGGAGCAACGAAUUAUGUUGCGCACCAGCACUCCACUUAUCAGUGGCUCUUUCCGUUUAUCAGCAACUCGACGUGGCAUUACUGGAAUCACACGCGCAAUCAGCUACAGCGCUACGGCGGCAGAAGUCAAGGCUGCACUGGAAGGAACAAACGGCCAAGACGGUGAUGGAUCGACGAUCGAGGCAUUGGGAUUCAGACUCCUGGAGGUUGGACGCACUGGAUCAAUCGAUCAGGGUUUCACGUGGAGUGUAACAUUCAUCGGAGAAAUAGUGACGGUGCCAGUGAUGACAGCUUCGUGGUUCGGAUAUGGAUGUUCUACGUGCAAGCCCUUCAGCAGCACUUACAUCCUUGAUCCAACUCGACAGAUAUUGAUUACCGAGGUGGUUGCGAUCGGCAGUGGAUGGAAGCAACAAGUUCGGCUGACGGCUCCAGACGGCAACCCGGGCGAUCAAUUCGGUCUUAGUGUUGGGCUAAGCGGUGAGCAGGCGAUCGUGGGUGCCGCUGGUUCGAGUGCGUUAACGACUACGACAUGGGAUUUCGAGACAGGAGACCUAACAGGCUGGCUGACGACGGGAACAGCUUUCGAUCAGCAGCCCACGUACGGUGAUAAUAGCUAUGGACGCGUCAAUUCUUACCGGCCAAGUCCGUUUAUCGGUGCGUCGCCGCCAGGUCAGCGUGCUAACCAUGAAGGUCGCUACUGGGUGGGCACAUUUGAGGCUCGUCCUGGAGCAGGGAAGGCAACGACUGCGGCACAAAUGUCAGCUCAGUUGUGUGCAUUCGCCAACGACGAGUUGUGUCGUGCUCCAAAUUACAAGUUGCCGAGUGCGAGUGCCUCAGUGGGCACCACGCAAGGAGAUGGACCGCAGGGCACUCUCACAUCUCUACCGUUUACAGUCGAGGGACAGUGGAUGUCGUUCCGAGUAGGUGGAGGCUGCGAUAUCCGAGUUGUGUACGUGGAGCUGCUAAUCGAUGGCCAGCCCGCAGCAGUUUCUGAAUCGGUGGCAGCUGAACAGGUCGCUGUGGAAGUCACGGCGGACGGGACGACUGAUACUUCGACAAACGAUGUUCGACCAGUUACUGCGACUGCAAAGCUUCGAGCUACAGGUCGAUGUCGGGAAACGAUGCAAAAAGUUACGUGGGACUUGAGCGCAUUCGAGAAUCGGACGGCACAGAUUCGAGUCGUGGAUGCCUCCAGUAAUCCCGUUUGGGGCCACAUCAACUUCGACGACGUCCGCUUCUCGUGGGGAGCUACACGUGUGGCGCAGACGUCAACAUCGAAGGCUGGUGCAGCCUACACAUUCCGUCGUCGUGCACCAGGAACGCAAUUCCCCACUGCUAAAUGUGAGGGAAUAAACCGAUGGACUUGUGAGUGGGAAUUCCAGGCACGAUUAGCUGCCAGUGACAAACGCAGUGAAGAUCUCUUCGGAUCGAGUGUUGCAGUAGACGACAUCUUGGGUGUAGCAGUGGUUGCGGCACCUGGGCAACGAGGCGUCGACGCCAAUAACACGAUCGAUCGUGUGUUGAGUGAUGGCCUUGACAUCAACAAGGAAGGACUCGGAGCGAUGGAACAAGUGGGAAGUCUCUACGUGUUUCGACGUGCUGAUGAAGUACGUGACGGUGCUGGUGUGUUGCUACGUACACCCAAAUGGACGUCCAAGGAAGUCUUGAAGCUGCAGUAUCCGCAGAAACAGCGCCAGUCUCGCUUUGGAGCUGUAAUCGACUUGGACGGCAGUGACUUAAUCGUAGGCGCGCCUGGAAUCUCGAUAUCUCCGGUGCUACCACAAUCUGGUCGUGCGUUUGCCUACGAUUUGGCUGUUGCGGGUGUAAAGUUCACCAACUCGUGGUUCGCUUGUGUCGAGGGGAAUGCUGAUGGUCUCGUUGGGUUAACAUUGUCACGCUCUGCAGCGACCAGCAACUUGACUCGACCACUGACUGUCGGAUACGCCACUGAGGAUCGCUCUGCUGUUGGGGUGGACGCGUUGAAGUUCGCAGCGUGCAUGAAAGUGCCGUCGACUCAGCGUAAAGAUUGUGGGGACUACCAACAGACUGCAGGUGAGGCGACGUUCGCUGCUGGAGAAACUUCCAAAUUGGUGACAAUUCCCAUAAUGGAGGACAUGUGUCUGGAGCAAUGGGAGAAGCAUUUUGUCGUGAGACUGCAAGUUCCUGGUGGAGAACCUUUGCUGGGAGAGGAUUUUAUCGCGCGAGUUAGAAUAGAUGACGACGACUUUACCGGCGAGCCAUGUUGA